AGAUGAAUAUAUGAGAAUGACUCCCAAAACCUUUUCUCAUGGUAAAUUACCAUCUUACUCCCAUUGUUCGCCUAGUAGACCCUUUAAAAGCCGUGAAAAUCUCAAGACCAAACACAUUAACAAGGACUGAAACAAAUUAGAGAGAGAAAACUUUAGUUUUAGAGGGAAUUAAUGUGAAUAAAAACCCAAAACUAUUUAGAAACAAAUGGCGGUUUAAAGCUUUAUGCAAAACUGGAGGUGAGAAAAAGGUUGAUUUGUGAAGGAAGAUAGAGAGAGAAUUAGCGAAUCUUUAGAGAGAGAAAAUGGCGACGACAACGACUGGGUUAACCAUUCAUGACCAGAACUUAGAGAAGCAAAUUGAGAAGCAUAUGGGUGGUUGUAUGGCUGGUUUUUUCAAUCUUUUUGAUCGUUCUCAUCUUCUCUCUGGCAAACGCCUUUACCCUAAACGACUUCCUCCUCCUCUUUCUCCUAUGGGUUGUGAUUUGGGUUCGGAGUCAAUAUCAAUCAUGGGAUCUCCAGCAUUAUCAAUGGAGUUCGAGAAUCCGAAGAUUCAAUCUCCAGUGCCAGAAAUAGUAUCGAGUACUCCGGCGGAGGCAGUGGUGAAAUCGCCAUGGAAAUUCAAUCGAGAAGCUCCGAGAUUGUCGCUUGAUAGCAGAGCAAUUACGGAUGCCAAAGGCGGCCUUAGGCCGCGAGAGAUUCGAAUCAACACUAUUUCUAGUUCUGGUAACGCUGUUGAUGACGAUAAAGAAAUUCAGCGGCGGUCACCGAGUGUUGUUGCUCGAUUAAUGGGGCUUGAACCACUUCCGAGUUCUUGUACUGAGCCUGAGAAGAAGGUUGAGCUUCGUAGAUCCGCUUCUGAGUCAAGAUCGAGAGAUUGUCGUUUUUUCGAUGCUCCUAGUUUUCUAUCUCCAGUUAAAAAUGAAGCUAUUGGAGAAAGAAAAUUGGAUGAAAUACCUUCCACUGAAAGAACGAAGUACAGUAAUGGAGGAAAGAGUAACAUUUAUAAAAAGAAUAAUCAAAAUGGCCGCAAUAAUCAGCAGAGAUUAAUGGUGGAAAGAAAAAGCUACUACAAUACAGCAGAUUUCUUUCCACCUCAACAUCAGAAUGAAACAGUAACAAUUUACGGAGAAAUCGAGAGGAGAUUAAAAAUGAGAGGAAUUGAUGAACCAUCAAAGGAUCUAGAAACAUUGAAGCACAUUCUAGAAGCUCUUCAGCUUAAAGGACUUCUUCACUCUGCCACUUUUUCCACUACGACAACCUCAAAUCCUCAAUACAACCGGAGAUUCUCUCACGAGGAGGAGUCUCCUAUGAGAGCCAAAUCUCCUUCAAACAAUAAUCGCCGGAAAAAUGCGAACAAUAACUUUUCCGGUGAGAGUCCGAGAAGGGAAAGGGCUGCUAGAAGUCCGAUGAGAUCGCCGAGUAGGAAUGAGAAUCUACGAUCGAAUAGUCCUGUGGUUUGGCGAAAAGGCCGUCCAUUAAGCGUUGAAACGCAGAGAAAAAUCAACGAAACGACAAAUACGAGUAGAAGAGUAUCACAUUCGCCUGUACAAUCACCGAAAAUGAUGACGACAAAACGGUAUGAUCAGGCGGUGAAUCGUUCACCUCGUAAUCGGAGAUCAACGGUCGAGAUUUGUCAAAGUGAGAGAAUCCUCCGUGGUCCAACAUUUGCUGAGGAUGAAGCAUCUACUACAAUUUCAGAAAGUAGUUUUAGUAAUUCUUCACAAACCGACAAUGAGAGAUUAAGGGGAGAUGAUUACAGAGAUGGGAGAAAUUUGUUAGAAAGAUGUGAUAAGCUAUUGAACAGCAUAGCAGAGAUCACAGCGAGUUCAAAUUCAGCUGAGUUACAGCAACCGAGUCCGGUAUCAGUGUUGGACUCGUCCUUCUACAAGGAAGAUGAGUCGUCACCUUCCCCUGUUAUGAAACGUACCGUUGAUUUUAAAGAUCGAGUAGUCAUGGAAUUGGAAGAUGAACUAUUGUGGAGCCCAUCAUCAAUAGUCCAAUUAUUAAAACAUGAUCAAGAUAUGGACUCAUCAGAUGACUCUGAAUUCAGCUAUAUAUCAGAAGUAUUCAGAGCAUAUAAUUACCUCCCAGAUGACAGUAAUUUGUUUUUAUUAUUAGAGAAGCAAACUUCAAUUAGAUGUAAUAAAGACAAGUCCAAGGCUUCCAUUCUUCAAAGGAAGCUCAUCUUUGAUACCAUCACCGAAAUCCUCGAUCGAAACCGUCAACUCCCCCCUUGGAAAGCAGUUUCUAACCCCAAUUGGAGUCUCGGAAGGCCAUCAUUGGAGCAAAUUUGGUCGGAGUUUCAAAAAAUCCGGAAGCAUGGACCAAGUGAGGACCUUGUAGAGGUCAUCCGGGGAGUGUUAAAGAAGGAUUUGGCGGAGGACGCCACAAAUGGAUGGGGUGAUUGUCCAAUGGAGAUAUCAGAUGCUGUUCUUGACAUCGAACGGUUGAUCUUCAAAGAUCUAAUCGGAGAAACAAUCCGAGAUCUCGCUAAAUUUGCUGGGAAAAGCAUGGGAGUUCAAGCACAUCGUAGGAAGUUAGUUUUCUAAAAAGCGCGGGAAAAGAGAAAAACAGGGAAUAACAGCUUUUGGCGCGCUUUUACUGUUUGUCUAUCUUCUUUUCCACAACGCAAAAAGUGUCCCCACUGAGUGUAGUGUUUAUUUAUUAUUAUUAUUAUUAUUAUUAUUAUUAUUAUUAUUAUUAUUAUUAUUAUUAUUAUUUUAUUCAUAAGUAGAGUUAAUUACUAGGAGUAAUUUUAUUAUUAAUAUUUUAACGUAAAGUUUAAGUAUUAGUUGGCCAUGCUUUUUUGUGGCAAGUUUUAUGAAAUUGUGGAUUUAGAUUUAAGAAUGUGGGCUCGGCUGAAAUCCUGCUAAAU